CAACCACCCAAACCCCUCUCGCCAGCCACAUCGCAGUCCACCUCUUCAACCUCACUCCCCCACGAUAAUACCAAAGACAACAACACAAGCACCCACAACGGCCUCACCAAAAUAUCCACUGCCAAUUCCACUGCCAAUUCCACCGCCUCAGCCCAACACCACCACCACCACCACCACCACAACUCGGGCAACAACAUGUCCAAGCUCUCCGAGGGCCUCAAGGCGCUCAUCAACGCCUCCCACGCCCGCCCGGGCUACACAAAGGCCUCCCCCGCCGUCCAGCCCGCCCUCGCCCGCUUCGCCCGCGACGCCACAGACAGGAAAGUCGGCCUGCCCGCCUGGGUCACCGUCUCCACGGCGGUCUCGGCGACCCUGAACUGCCCCGAGGCCAUGACCUCGAUCCUCCACCUCGCCAACGACUCCUCCUCCUCCUCCUCUUCCCCACCGCGCACCCCCGUCCAGAACGCCGAGCUGAUCCGCGAGGUCGGCCUCAAGUGCAUCUCCUUCAACGGCAUCCCGCGCACGAUAAACACCCUGGGCGCCUUCCACGCCUCCCUCCCGGCCUCCAUCACGGGGGAGCUCAACACCACUCCCAAACGCAGCUACACCCCGCAGAACCUCGCGGCCCGGCAGCAGGACGGCCUGGCGCUGUGGGACUCGGUGUACCGCGGCUUCGAGCGGAAGCUGAUCGACAAGCUGGCGACGAGCCACCCGGACCUGCCCGUGCACAUCCUCGCGUCGCACUACGCGAACCUCCUGUCCGACCCCACGGCGACGAGUCCCGCGGUGCUGAAGACCCCGGAGGAGCGCAGGGCCGCGGGCGUGGUGGACGGCGCGAGGGUCGGGAGGGUGCUGACCAGCCUGGUCGCCAUUGCGUGCCUGCGCGCGCAGACGGGCGUGGGCCCGCAGGUGGUCAGCCACGUGUUUGGCCUGAGGAAGGCGUACGACGAGCGCUACGCGAGAGAGUGCGGCGGGGCAAAGAGCGACGGCGAGGACGAGGUCGAGGGUGGCGAGUGGCUCAGCACGGACGAGGGCAACGUGUGGCUGCUCGAGAGCGUGGACCGGCUCGUCGAGGCGAUUGCCGGCGGCACCACGUUUGCGCCGGGGAUGGGGAGUAAGUUGUGAGCUGGCGAGUGUGUGUGAAUCUUGAGUGUGGCAGAGGGCAAAGUGGGAAGGAGAAGAAAAAGGAAGAAGGAGAAAGCGAUUCAUGUUUUGCAGGCAUAUGAAAUGGUCGUGCUGGCCAGUCUCCGAGAGAGAUCGUCUGAUCUUGCCAUCUCGUGCUACGAGUUGUACAUAUAGAGAUAUACAUAUUGGAAUAUUACACUUGCUCCACG